UGAAAUAUGCAACAACUGGCAUGUGCUGUUGGUUGAUAAGGAAGGUGGAGAAAAGCGAGCGAGCGAAGGUCUACACUACGAGACAAUUUGGAUGCGCAAACAUUGAUGAGAUGACCCUCUGCUGUUGAACUGUUUCCCUAAACUCGAGUCUGAUUGUCUGUGGGAAACGAUGGACAUCGCUGUGACCACGCUGACUUAACUCCAAAACAACAGUUAGGGCCUAACAGUAGAAUAAUGUUGAUAAAUAACGGGACUCAUUUUCAAGCAUACGACUUCACUUAUGUCCGCUUUUGUGUGUCUACGGUGUCGUUCUCAAUUUUGGCGUCUUUCAACAUCAUCAUAAACUGGACUAUAGUGCGCGAAGAGAGACUCCGGAGCCAUGCACGUUUUGUCCUCGUGUUUCACCUAUUGGUAUCCGCGCUGGUAUACUUUGGAAUGUCCAGCGUUUUCUAUCUUCAGAUCUACAUGGGAUCGAAGCCAGCUGUGACCACCUGUAUGGCUAUGAUAACUGUACUAAUCGCGAGCGCAUCGAACAUCCUCAUCACGCUGACAGCGAUGGCGCUGGACCGUUACUUUGCAGUAUGCCACCCGAUGAGGUACAGCCCGGUUUGUUGUGGUCGCCAGUGGCCCUGGCUCGUGGGACUUCUAACAUGGGGGCUCGCUCUUGUUAUCCCUCUCUGUUUGAUCCUGACGGAGAAGCAUGCCACCGAACGCAAUGAGGAGUGUGGACGGGAACGGCUAAUUAGAGGAGAGCUACAAAAGAUAGUGCUGAUUUCUGUAUCUGCAGGGCUUAUAUUGUACAGUUACGUGAGGAUAUUGGUGGAGGGACAACGGUUGGGUGUGCUGAAUCGACGGAACCGGGUCGGCUGCAGGACUAUCGCCUUGCACAGCACCCAGCUAGCCGUGUAUAUACUACCUAACUUUGUGAAUUUUGGAUUGGCCCAGUUUAUGAAGAAUGGUUAUUUUCAGCCGGGGACCAAAGAGCUGUCUGCGGUAGUGGUCUUUGCUUUCUUUAGCUUGGCACAAUGCGUCGCGCCCAUUGUGUACGGUUUGCGCAAAGAGGAACUGUUGGAGCAGGUGCAUUACCGUUUCCCAGUCUGUUCCCGCCAUCUGAAAAGCGUCCUUGGGUGGACAGUGCGUGCCACGCGGACACCCACGCAGCCCAUACCACGUGAGAGGUCAUUGACUGCCCACACCAUCCUGUCUCUGGAGAUGCUGGAGAGCCCAGCUGAGGAGAGAGCGAACCCACUGCUAGAUGAUCCAUGAUUGGACCCCACCGCUACUUGACCUUUGAUCCAUAGGAGUAAGUGUACAGAAUAGACUAAACUGUUGCUGACAUCCUCAGCAGACGGUCAAAUCUGUGUUUGUACACACUGGGAAGCAUGUUACUCAGAAGAACCAGUCCUCUAUGCUGAUGGAGACUCUAGGACUUUUAAUGUAUUUUAUAACAGACUCUUCGGCAGGGAAAUAUAGCAAGUGAAAGAGCAGGGCUGCAGUCACAAGACUGCCGAUUGGUCGGAGCAUCCGCAACGAACUAAAUAAACAUUCCAGAACAUUUGAUGUAAUCCCGGAAAAUCUGAAUAUUCUUUGUAACCUUUGACAACUACCUCUGUGAAGACGAUCAAUUGUAAAAAAAAAAAAAAAACCUUUAUAAGCUGUUCAUCAUGAAUCUAAAUGUGAUGCUGUUGUGGUAUAGUAAAGGCUGCAGUAGCCUACAGCAGGUGUACUUGUUUCACACAAUGUAUGUUAAGAGGGGAUAUUUUCAACAGUAAACCACAACUUUUUGUGACCGCUAUAACAGCAGUUGCUCAACGGUGUGUACACACACACACAAACCACACGCAGACACAAACGUCUCCAAUCAGCAUUUACACAGGAAGCGAGAAUGUUUGAUAUCUUUACACAACAUAACCAGUCAAUGCCUGCCUGGUUUGAAAAUAGUUGAGAUAGGCAACUUUGGAAAAGAGUGCGCCCAAAUACACACCGACAGUAUAACUUCCUUAUCUUAUGUGUAUUGAACACCACAUUCUCACACCAUUUGAAUUGAACAAGAGUACAUGCAUUU